CUGGCGGAUUCGGAAUUUCAGGGCGGCGGGGCGGCCGGUCUCCAGAGGCGGCCAGAAAGGCGGAGGCUCCAUGAGGAGCUUGACUGAACGACAGGUUCAACACACCGACAGCUUGCAAAACAGAUAAGACGCUGUGGGAAGUAGAAUGUCGGAAGAUAUUAAAGGAAUUGAAAAAGAAGUAGAAAUUGAAUUAGACAGAAUCAGUGUUUCUUCGCUUGGAACAGAUGAUCCUGACACAGAGGUAUCAGAGGAACCCUUGAGUGACAGUGAGACAAUUUCAGGUGACUUACCAGAAUCAGUUCUCGCCUAUUUAAACUUUAUCAAGAGCAGCAAUCAAGAUGCUGAAAAGCUUAUACUGCAGGACUUAGAAGAUGAGCAAAGUAGAAAUGACAUUUAUCAAGUAGUUUCUUGCCAUCCUUCUGAAUUGAAUAAAGAUUCAAAACAAUUUAAUGAAAAGAUACUGCUUGAAGUUGAAAAUGAAGACUUGCAGCUUGUUACAACAUCUGAUUAUAGUCAGUCCAUCAGUGAUGAUGCAGCCACUGAUGACCACUUUCUAACAGUAGCUGAUCUUGAAAUGAGCAUAAGUCUUGCCCAUUGUGAGGUAGAAGAGCAGUGUAGACGAGCACUUGAGCUUGAAGAUGAGAAGAUGAAAAAGUGGAAAGCUGAGAGAGAAUCACGGGAAAAACAGAAUGCAGAGGAACGUGCAAGAAGGGUGCAGCAUCUGGAGCAAUUUGAGGCUGAAAGAAUAAAGUUAGAUCUUCUUCAUAAGAAACACCAGGCUGCAAUAGAAGAUGAGUUACAGAAAGAGGAGGAAGCUUGGAGAGACAAAAUGAGGCAACAUGAGGAAUUGAUCAUGAAGCUACAGUUGCAAAUGGAAGAGGAGAAAAAGGCCUUGGAAGAACAGAAAGCAAAAGAAAGACAACUGGCUGAGCAACAGAGUAUAGCAGCUGUGAAAAUCCAAGCUAGAUUUAGAGCAUUUUUAGUCCGUAAAAAAUAUGCUCCCAUUUUAAAACAAUGGAAAUAUGAAAUGAGAAAGAAGCAGAAAAUACUAGAGGAAAUAGAGGGAGAAAUGAAAGAAAGAGAGGAAAAACUGAACAUGCAAAUGGAAGAAAACAGGUUGAAUAGAGAAGAGGAAAGAAAGAGACGAGAACUUGAAAGACAAGAAUAUUUGAAACAGGUGAGGAGGUUUGUGGAAUAUGAGAAAAAGAAAGAAAGCCUGAGAUUAAAAAAACAACUGCAAAUAAGAAGAGAACAAAGAAAAUUAGAACAAAAAAGGGCAGAAGCUGUGAUGAGUGAAAAUGUAGAAAAUAACAUAGAAAACAUAAAAAAGGAAAAGACAGAAAAUAUGACAGUAAUAAGAGAAGAGAAGGAGGAACUAAAUAAACAAGUAGAGGAACCAAAAGAAAAGCAUGCUGAAAUGAUGGAUGAAACAAAUAAUUGGAUGAGUCUAGCAGAAAGAAAUCUGACACCAAGCGUGCUAGGCUCUGAGAAGGAACACCCUUCUCAAGUGAAUAAUGAGAACUUAUACAUUAAUUCAGUAACACAAGUAGAAGAAAAUUACUCACAAACAAGUGAUCAGGAUAAAGUUUCAAAUGGUCAUAUUUCAAAGAAUGAAUCUCUUCACUUCAGUGCUAGUGACAUGGUAGAAAAUAAGGCAAACUGCAUAUGCAGCAGUCCUCCAAAUGUCCAGCCAAAUGCUAAUAAUAGAGAAAUUAAAGAUCUAUUUUCUCAGUAUGAAAUUAUGAAGAAAACUUUAUUUCUGACGGAAAAUGCUACUGAAGAAGUCAGAGACACCUGGGACAGUAGUCAAGACGUAGCAGAUUCUUGUAGUAAAGUAUUUUUUCCUGAUGAUAUUGAAAAGAAGAGAAUAAACUGGAUGAACACAUGCAAAUCAUGGUCUAAAAUAUAUGAAGAAAACCAAAGAAAGCAAGCAACUAUAAGAAAACGACUAAGGAAAAGUUCAGUUAACAAGAUGCCUCCAUUAAGUACAGAAAAGAUAAUUCAUAGUGGCCCUUGGAGUACCUUGCAACAGGUCACAAUGCUUACGCUCGAAGAUUUGCCAGCUUGUAGCCUCUCAACCUUAUCUGAAUGUUCAAAUCUUCAAGUUUUGACUCUGAGGCGCUGUGGACUGGUUGCACUCGAAGGACUUAGUAGCUGCAAAGACCUGAAGUAUAUCAAUGUGGAGGAAAACAACAUUCAGGUAAUUGACUGUGCAAAUCUGGAAAAUCUCUGUAUUCUCAUUCUGAAUAAGAACCAUCUUUCAUCAGUUUGUGGCUUAGAUGGAUGCAGAAAUCUCCAAAAUCUUGAACUUUCCUACAAUAGAAUCACUCGAAUUGGUGGUCUGGAGUCACUGAAAAAUCUUCAACAAUUAAUUAUGGACCAUAAUCAGUUAAUCAGCACAAAAGGUCUUUGUGAGGCACCUACUCUCAUUCACCUAGACUGCUCUUUCAAUCAUCUUGCACAAGUUGAAGGCAUUGAGAAUUGUGGCCUACUUCAAGUUCUGAAGUUGCAAGGCAAUAAUCUCCAGGAGCUUCCAAGACUGGAAAACCAUGUUCUCUUAAGAGAACUAUAUGUGGAUGACAAUAGCAUUUCUUCUGUGAGAAUGCUUUCUUUUUAUUGGUUGCCUCUAUUGCAGAUGCUUUUGCUGUCUCAAAAUAGAUUAACUGAACUUGUGCCUUUAAAUUCAUUUGUAUUUUUGGAAAAGCUAGAUAUCAAAAAUAACUGUUUGUCAGAUCUUAAAGAUGUCCAUACAUGGUUUAGUGGCUGCCAUAAACUAAAGGAGUUGUCAUUGAGUGGGAAUCCUCUUCUCCAAGAAAAGAACUGGAGGUCUUCCAUGUUGGAGGUCCUUCCUAGUUUACAGUUGCUUGAUGGUGAAAUCUUAACCCAUCAUACUUUACCCACAACUGAAGAAAUCAAAGCAUCAGAAUUAGGAAAUUUCCUGGAACUUUGUCAAGCUCAAAUUGAAGAAAAUAUUCAACUGAAAAAAAAGGCUGCUGAAUUGGAAAUUACCUCUUUUAUUGAUUCUGUACUGGGACAAUGCUGGUAUUUUAAUCAGUUGAUGAAACUUAGUAUUAAACAUCGAUAUGUACAUGAGUAUGGUGAACUAAACAUUACUGACAGAGGUGGACCAGAAGCACUUCAAAAUAAUUUAAAGCAAACAUCCACUGGCUGCCUACAGGAAAAUAACCUCUUUAUCAUGGGUGUGACAGAAAAUAAACAGGUCUUGUUGGAUCCUUCCAAAAGAUGGAUUGCUGCUGGUGAUACUCAGGCCACAUUCAUUAACUCCUCUAUACCUGUGCAUCAGAAGGAAAAUAGAGGAGAUCAGAGAGUGAAGCAGAAGAGCACUGAAUCUUGUGUUAAUUACAGUGGGGAGAGCAAAGGCAACAGUAACAUGUCAGGCCAACUCACAUUGCAACAGUCAGUGAUAGUAGCAAAUGAUGUGGGAAGAAAUCUCCAGCACUUUGGGAAUGAUAUAGAGAGACUACAUAUGGAAGCACCCUUGAUCCAGUCCUUUUGGCAGCAGCACCAUGCUCAGAGGAAAAAUGACUGCAAUAAAACAGAGAAUCAUCAGUUUGUAGAAGCUUUGAGACAGAAACAUGAAGCUGCCACAGUAAUCCAGGCAUUUUGGAAGGGUUUUCUUUUACGAAAGAAACUGGCCAAUGCUCUUGCACAUGUUAAAAGUGAUGAAGUGGAAGAUGAAUAUGAAGAAAUUAAUGUGGAUGCUUUCACAUUUUCUGAAAAGUUUUCUAGGCCUUCAGAUUCCAUUGGACAUUCAAAUAGUUUGCCAUUAGCACCACAAGAAGUUUGGCAGUGUGCUAACAGACCACAUUCAUACUCAGCAGAAAAAAUCCAUUUUCAUAGCAGGUCAGGGAAGGAAACAAUGUCACAGCUUUCUAACUGGCAAGAAAAAAAGGGGCUUUUAUUUAUGUCUGAAAAAGAAGAGAAAAUAUCAGAAGAAUGGGGUUUUAAGGAUAUUUCUACUGCACAGCUAAUGCUGAAGAGGGCCCAAAAAAUGAAACCUAAAAAAUACAGUAAUAAAAGUUUAGACCCAGCUGUGCGCCUGGCGUUGUUCAAAAACAAUGAAAAUAAACAUCUCUCUGUGAAACCACCAGGGAAGACACAGCCUAUAAAUGCUGGAUACUUUGAAGCCAGAAUGCUGAAGAAGAGUCUGUUCUGAGACCUGGGUGCCUUGAGGGUGAUAAUGCUAUUCAGAUAUUUCUCCAAUUUUACUGCCCCUUGAUGCAUUCACUGAACCAGAAUAUGGAGAAGUUUAAAGACUGGAAGAAAGUUUCAAGAACUGUGGUACAAGUUACAGACGAGUUUCUGUAUUUACUUGCAGGCAUUUUCUGUAUUCUCAUUGCAGCUAUGUACCCAUUUUUCUAGCCUCUCUAUCAGUACCCAUAACUUAGUGCUUCUAAAACAAUUAUCAUUUCAGAAGAGCAGAAAAAUCUUGCUGAACAAAAUAAUGCUUUGGGCUUACUUUUGUAGUUACAUUAAAAUUUUUCUGUAAAUAUUUCCAUUUAAUAUUUCUGUAUUUCUUCAAGUGCUUUAAAGAAUUCUGUUAACCUUUUCAAUCAGAUUAAUUUUUAUUAAAAUUGUUUAUUUUGUAUGAAAACUACAUUAGGAUCUUUCUUAUAAAACAAGUUCUAUACAAGGCAGAAAGUGGGUAUUUUCUUGUUCUGCUCAAACAUGGCAAAGAAAUUCUAUUCCUUCUUCUUCAUGACAGUGACUGUUUACAGUGAAGUAAAAUCAAGUAAAAUCUCAGUUUGGGUUUUUUCUUUUUCAUUUUUUUUGGUACACAAAUUCUCAUGAAAGAUUAUGUAAUUUUAAUAACUCUAUUUACUCUCUAAGGUUUUAAAAGUCAUAGUAUAAUCACCUGUUUCCUCCUUCUGGAGUAAAUACUAUAAGAUUAGCUACUGAAUUUCCUUAAUCUUUAGUGAGAGUUUGCCUUCCUAUUUGAAAUUUUUGGGAUUUCACUCCACUCUGGAUCAGACCUUAAUGCUCUGUAAAUGCCUGUGCUAUUGGCAGGAGAUUAGAUCAUCAGCUGCAAACAAGCAAAGUUACAAGUGAACAAUUGCUUUAACCUGUUGGUAAAGCAAAUUACACUUUUAAAUUAAUUAGUUAUGGCUGUCUUAAAAGCUGUUGCAAAUAUAAACAGAAUGCAUAUGAGGCAACUUCACCUAUUUGGAAUCAUGAUAUUUAAGUUGUUCCCUCCCUUUCAAACAAAUUUUCUAUAUAUGUAUAUAGAAAUACAUAUGUAAAGACAUGAGUAGGAGAGUUUGGUAGCAAGUUUAGAUGAAAAGUUGAGUCAAAAGAAACUAAUUUAAACACACCUACAAUAAGCAUAAACUGUUUAAACUCAAGAUUAGAGACAGUUAAAUUAUGUUCACAAACAGAACUGAGGGGUUUGUGUUCAUCUUCCCACUAAAAAAGAAUUUGAAUAAAGUUGUAAACAAAAUUCUGUAAAAGAGCAGGAGGAGUCAGGGCUAAUUUAUUCCUUUUUCAACUGAUUUCUUCAUUCAGUAGGUAAAUCAUUCAAACCUUCUCUGCAUGGAUAGAGAAAACCUGUGCCAUUGUAACUAUAACUGAUCCAAAAUCAAUGUAAGUCAGUUCCAUACCUGGGGAUAUGUAUUGAUUUCUCUAUAAAUAUAUACAGUGUUUUGAUUCUUGUUUGUUUUCAUGUGUUUACCAGCUGAAAAUCACAGUUUAAUUAAUGAAGAAAUCUAUACAAAUACUAAGGUCUUUGAGACAUAUGUAUUGAGAAUUAACCUGGGGCAACUUGUGGGCAAAUUGUGGUUUUCUUUUGCUUUUUUUGCCUGACCUUCUUUACAAAUGGAAGGUUGUUUUUUUUUUUUCAUAGAUCUGCAAGACCCUGGAAUUUCAUAUUGUUUAUUGUCUUCCAUGA